GAUAGAUGUCAUUGGUGUUCCCGUAGAUCGUGUUCACUUUCGGUCACAAAAUUUCCAGAAUCGACCAACGCGAUUGGCCGAUUCUGGAGAGUUUCGCGAUCCGCGACUGCCAUAUCCGAUCCGAAGAUCGAACCAAUCAGGAAGACAGAGAGCUGGGAAUCUUCCUUGACCAGUCGCGUCUAGGUAUAUUUUCCACGCAUUGUGAUCCUCGAGAAGAACGAAACAAAGUUGUCGGCACUGGACGGAAUCAGUGAUGUUACGAAUUUGAAUUUCGGAAAACGGUAACGUAUCGCCUGAUGUUUUUUACCUGUUGCCGUCGGCUUCUCGUUUGACAGUUGUUUUUGCGUUCCUUUCGCCAGAAAUGGUGAACGCAGCUGACAUUUCGACCGACGGUGGAAAAAGCGAGGCUGCUGUAAACGCACUUAUAGAAGAUGGGUGGAAAUCGGCGGAAGAAAUGGAUGAACAACGCAAGAAAACAUUGGCUUACGAGUACCUCUGUCAUUUGGAGGAAGCUAAGAAAUGGCUGGAAGCAUGCUUGAGAGAAUCAUUGCCCCCAACUAUAGAGUUGGAGGAGAAUCUUCGCAACGGAGUUUAUCUGGCUAAGCUUGGCAAUUUUAUGGCUCCUGAUGUCUUACCUCUGAAUAAGGUCUACGACAUGGAACAGCGCAGAUACAAGGCAGUAGGAUUACAAUUUCGCCAUACAGACAAUAUAAAUUACUUUUUAGAAUGUUUGAAGUCCACAAAAUUACCUUUGACAUUCUUGCCAGAAACAACAGACAUUUACGACAAAAAAAAUAUGCCACGAUUGAUAUAUUGCAUUCACGCGCUCAGCACGCAUCUGUUCAAAUUCGGAAAAGCACCACCAAUGCAAGAUCUAUACGGAAAAGUCAAAUUCUCCGAUGAAGAAAUCAACGCCGUCAGUAAAGAACUGCAGAAGUACAACAUCCAACUGCCCGCCUUCCAAAAGAUAGGAGGUCUGUUGACGAACAGUAUUGCUACCGACACAGCUGCCCUUCACGCCGCUGUGAUUGCAAUCAAUCAAGCUGUGACAGAUAAUGACGACCAAAAGAUUUUACACGCACUUCAGAACAAACAUGCUCAACUGAACAGUAUUAAACCCGCUUUUAUUAAGAAGUACGCCAAGACGCUGUUGGAAGCGAAAGCUGCGAAAGAAGAAGCUGCAUUUAACAAGUCGCUAAAUGAUAGUUACGUUGCGGAUGUGUACGACGAGCUGUUAACACAAGCGGAGAUACAAGGGCACAUAAAUUACGUGAAUUCUUUGUGCGCGCUCGAAGUCAUAGUCUCGUCCGUAAAGAACAACAACGUCGAGUUAACAUCUGCUUUACGAGCGUUGGCAUUGUCUUUCAAGAAUGUGAUUUCUGAGAACAUUGAGGAUUAUAAGAAACAGCUGAUAUGGGUAUUGGACAACUUCGAAUGGGAGGACGUGUGUCCGUACGAGAAUAUUCAAUAUUGGAUAGAUACGUUUCAGAACGCGAUCGACAAAGGAAAUCAGAUCGCUAAAGAACGUCGCAAACGAGAGAACGCUGUAAGAUACUUGAACAUGGCUCUGGAAUCCGCUGAUCAAACGAAGUUCCGCGAGAUCUUGGAAAGUCCGGAAUUAGAAGUUUCUCAUUUGGUCGAUAAAUUCGCAAUCCCGUUGUACUACCAAGAGAUGAAGACAGAUCGCACGGAAUCAAUGAUCAACAUCACCUAUGACGACAUAGUAGUCAGUGUGCACGUAUUAUCCACUAUUGCCGCUAUCACCAAGGCGGUGGACACGAAUAAUCCAGAUUUCGUGUACGAGAAAUUGUCGAAUCCCAAUGCGCGUUUGACCGGACUGGACGAAUUCAAUAAAGUGAAGUACACUCGGGCUCUGUCGAAAAUUCGGCAAACAAAGCUAGAAACAUCCGAGGAAUGUUCUUUGCUGACUUACAGCGAUAUUCAAGAAUGCAUCGAUUUGGUGAAUGCGCAAUGUCAAGAGGGUUUCGAAGUUAUAGAGAUUUUGCAACAAAUAAAUCGAGCUGUGGCGGCCGACAAUCUUGAGAGUAUGAUAACAGCCUUGAAAUUGAUAAGCGAGAAAUUCGAUAUACCGACAUAUCCGCAGGACGCGUCGCUUUACUUAGAAUUAUUUAAGAAACGAUUAAUCGAGAAAAAAUCUGACGAAGCCGAGCUGUGGCUGGAUGACGUUGAGAGCAUAGCGAGAACAGUCAAGUCGGAAGUGGAGCAAAUCGAGAAGAUAAGCAAGUUUCUGCGCGAAAUCAACACGCACGUGGUGAACGACGACAUGACAGAGGCUCUCGAUUGUCUCAAAACGAUCGGUGUAUUCGGAAAUUUUAACAAAUUGCCGGAAGAAUUUCAAAAGAAAUGGUUCCUGGCAUUGCAACAAUUGCAGAAACAGAAAUGUAAACUGUUCGAUUAUCCGUACAUCUUGUACACGACCGACGAGGGAAACAGGAUCUCCAUCGAUUUGAAGAACAGCCGAUAUACGCGAGAUCACUUGAAAAAUUUGGAAAACACUUACUAUCUCACCACGGACGACAUAAACGAAACGAUUAAAUCUCUUACGGCGGAGAAGCGCGAGAGAGAUUACACGACGUUCGACGAAAAGUUGCUGAUUAGACUUCAAGCUCGUGUCAGAGGAUUUUUGUUGCGCAACAGAAUCGCCAACAGACGCGCUUAUUUUCGCAAAAAUCUGAAGAAAAUCGUCGCGAUACAAGCAUGGUGGAGAGGCGUCAGACAACGUAGACGAUAUUUGAAAGAGAAAGAAAGACUGUGUGUACUGGCACGUCAGAAUAAUAAAUUGUCGAAUGUAAAAACGAGCGACAAGAAUGACAAAUUAAGCUAUUACAAGAAUCACGAGGAGAAGAUAAUAAAGAUACAAGCUUUGUGGCGUGGAAGAGAAUCGAGAAAAGCCUUCCAGUCGCUACUGUACUCGAAGAAACCGUCUUUUCCUAUUGUCAGAUAUUUUUCGACGGUAUUGGGUUUCAGCGCGGAGGAUUACGACAAGGAUCUGGAGUUGCAAAAAUUGAAGUACGAAGUCGUCCAAUGCAUAAGGCACAAUCAAAAUCUGUCCGAGCAAUUGAACAACAUGUUCAUAAAAAUAGGACUGUUAAUUCAAAACAGAAUAGCGUUGCAAGAUGUAGUGGCGCACAGCAAAAACUUGGACAAUCUCGCCAACGAGAAGAACAAGGAGCGAAACACUUUGAGCAUGACCGGAACAGCACAGAAAGGUCUCAAGUCGUUGACGAGGGAGGGUCGUAAAAUGUUGGAGGGCUAUCAGCAUUUGUUUUACGCGUUGCAGACAAAUCCGCAGUACUUGUCCAAGCUGUUAUACUUGCCGCCUACCAAUAAGACGAACAAAUUGUUCCUGAAAAACAUCAUCCUGACGCUGUUCAAUUUCGGAUCGAACACGCGAGAAGACUAUUUGUUGCUGAAGCUCUUCGGUUGCGCUCUGAGGGAAGAAAUCAACUGCAACUGUCGUCAGCCCUCCGACGUAUUGACGGGCAAACCGUUAGUACGUGAGAUGGUGGUCAAUUACGCAAAGCAGUACAACGGUCAGGCGGCUUUGAAGCAGAUCAUAGGUCCGUUGAUCGAAAAGGUUCUGGAGAACGAAGAUCUGUGCAUGGAGACGAAUCCGGUGGACAUAUACAAACUCUGGCGGAAUCAGAUGGAAUCGGAGUCCGGACGAUCGGUGGACAUGCCCCAGACGGUGUCUCAGGAACAAGCGUUGAGAUACGCACCGGUGCAAGAAUCGCUCAAGAGAGCGAUAACUCAUCUGAAGAGACUCUCUCUCGAGUUUCUGGACAGAAUAACGCAGUCGCGCGAUCUGAUUCCUUACGGAAUGCUGUACGUCUCGAAAGUUCUGUACAAUUCAAUGAUAGAAAAAUUUCCACACGCUCCAGAGAAGGAUAUCUUGAAGGCUGUCGGCAACUUGAUCUAUUAUCACUUUAUUAACGCCGCGAUCGUAGCGCCCGACACCUUCGACAUUGUCACAUUGCCGGUCGACAGAUCGUUGUCUUCCUGCCAGAGAAAAAAUCUGGCUAGUAUAGCGAAGGUGCUGCAAUUCUCCACUUCGAAAAAAGGCUUCGGCGAGGAGGCACCGCAUUUGGAGUGCCUGAAUCAGUUCAUAAUAUCUUGUCACGAGAAGUUCAAGGAUUUCUUUCGGUACUGUUGUCAAGUCGAAGAUCUCGAGGAACACUUCGACAUUCACGAGUACACGGAAGCCACCCUCAUACAAAAUCCCGAGGUAUGCAUAUCUUUGCAGGAAAUAUGCGAGAUGCAUGUUCUGAUGCAGACGUAUCAGGAUCAAAUAGCGCCGGAUCCGUCCGAUCCUUUGCAUGACCUUCUCGAUGAUCUGGGUCCAGCGCCGACAGUGGCGUCGCUACUUGGAGUAUCUGACGCGACGUAUCAAGCAAACUUGGCGCGAUACAGCAAGCAGGAAGUGUGUUUGGUACUAAGCAGCAAAUUCCAAGUACCACGAAACGAGGACGCGAAUCUGAACAAUCUUUUCGUCAAGGCGAAAGAGUUGCUUGUCUCAGUAAUACCGUUCCUAAAGAAACCCACACUGGAGGAAUCACUGGAGACCACCUCUUCGCCGAUGUGCGUCAAGCUGUUCGACUACUCGUCCGUGUCGCCAACCGUUCGCGAGAGCUCGUCUAUAAACGACUGCAAAAUGCAAUUACGGGCAUAUCUCAACAAACUUGAACUCGAGGGAUGGGUCAGCCGUGCGGAUGGUUAUCAAACGAUCGUGACCGCGAUAGCGAGGGACAUUUGCAACAAGAACAAAUAUCGCGUCGCGAGAGACAAGGAGUUGCAGACUCUACGCGCUACUAAGGAACGACUGAGCGAGAAGACCAGAUAUUACCAGGAGCAAGUCGAGUUCUACAACGAGUACAUAAAUCGUUGCCUUCACAAUCUGCACUCGGGAAAGGGCUCGCUCCGCGCGAUGCAGACGAUGCAGAAGGACGCGUACAAGCUGUGCAAACUGCGAUCGAAAAUGACGGUAAAAUAUUCCGCCUGGAAGUUGCAGGAGAAGGGCGUUCUAAUGGAGAUCGAUCAAACGCUGAGCCCGACGGAAAUGAAGAAUGUCAUCUUUGAGAUAAGCCCGACCGAGCACAGCGGUGUUUUUUCGGUGCGCUGUAAGUUCAUGGGUGUCGAGAUGGAGAAACUCGACAUCAGCAUACAAGAGCUGCUCGAGCUGCAGUACGAGGGCAGAUCCUGCAUGGAUAUGUUCGGCAGAGCGAAAGUCAACGUGAAUCUGCUCUUGUAUCUAUUAAAUCGAAAGUUUUACGGUAAAAAGAACUGAACAUGCAAAACCGACAAGAUUCUUCCCCCUCAUCUGUUUUUCUGUUACAAAUUGAGUAAUCGAUUUACGCGUGUUAUAUGUGCAAUUUAUUUUCUCGACGCAACGUGUGUUCAGAACUAACCAGCUCCUCUCGGCUGCUACUUUAUCACUGCGACACUUAACGAUUUUUUUUUUGUGUAUCUCGAGAGUAAUUUUUGUUUUUUUAACUUGCCAGUAGAUUUUUGGUGUUUGUUUUAAGACGCGCAAAACUUAUAUAAUUCCCAGGGAAAGAGCGCGGUUCGCGAUAAUAGGUCAAUAUAUCUAUUUAACAGCAAUUUGUCUAGUCUAAGAUAUAUGGCAUGUGUUUUGUAAAUAAUUUCUAUUCCCGGUGAAACAUUUUUACGAGUAUUCGAUGACGUUGCAACUAUCGCUUGACACUGUGUAUAUAAACGAUGUACGAAUAAUUAACGAAUUUAUGUAAACUUAGUGAACGUGUUUAUUAAGAUAUUGAAGCGUGAACUUAAUACACAAAAAUAUAUAAUGUUACUUUAUAAAUAUAUAUAAUAUUACUUUUAAAUAUAUAUAAUAUUAUUA